AUGAAGUGUGAGGUUUUGACUGUGCCAGAUAACACUCAUGAUAUCUUGUUUGUGCCAGGUAACACUCAUGAUAUCUUGUUUGUGCCAGGUAACACCCAUGAUAUCUUGUUUGUGCCAGGUAACACUCAUGAUAUCUUGUUUGUGCCAGGUAACACUCAUGAUAUCUUGUUUGUGCCUGGUCACGCUCAUGACAUUUUACUUGUGCCAGGUAACUCUCAUGAUAUCUUGUUUGUGCUAGGUCACACUCAUGAUAUCUUGUUUGUGCCAUGCCACACUCAUGAUAUCUUGUUUGUGCCAGGUGACUCUCAUGGUAUCUUGUUUGUGCCAGGUGACUCUCAUGAUAUAUUGUUUGUGCCAUGCCACACUCAUGAUAUCUUGUUUGUGCCAGGUGACUCUCAUGAUAUCUUGUUUGUGCCAGGUGACUCUCAUGAUAUCUUGUUUGUGCCAUGCCACACUCAUGAUAUCUUGUUUGUGGCAGGUAACUCUCAUGAUAUCUUGUUUGUGGCAGGUAACUCUCAUGCUGACACCCUUCAGAGACACGAUAUUCAGAAUGACACCUUUCAUAGACACUAUAUUCUGAAUGACACCUUUCAUAGACACUAUAUUCUGAAUGACACCUUUCAUAGACACUAUAUUCUGAAUGACACCUCUCACAGACACGAAAUUCAGAAUGACACUUCUCUUAGACACGAUAUUCAGAAUGACACCUCUCAUAAACUACGAUAUUCAAAAUGA